AUGCAAUUCAUUACCGCCCUCGCUGCGGUUGGCGCCCUUGUGGCCCCCGCCCUUGCUUUCCCAACCCAAAUGCCAAUGAACGAGUCUCUCAUUGACGUUAAACUCAGUGCUACUGGCAACUCCAUGAUCAAGGCUGUCAUCACCAACAAGGGUGCCCGUGCCUUGAACCUGUUGAAGUUCAACACCAUCAUGGAUGAGAACCCAACUGCCAAGGUCAUGGUCUUCAACAAAGAUGGCGUUGAGGUUGACUUCACCGGCAUGCUCCCCCGCUACGACAUGAACUCUCUCGCCUCCGAGUACUUUACCACCCUUGCCCCCAAGGGCAGCGUCGAGCACUCCUUCGACAUUGCUGCCACCCACGACCUCAAGGAGGGUGGAAAGUACACCAUCUCCGCUCACGGAGUCAUCCCAACUGCUGAAGAGCACGGAACCACCAUCACUGGACAGGCCUUCUAUGAAUCUAACGAACUCGAAAUGGAAAUUGACGCUGCUCAGGCUGCUAUGGUCGCCAGAGCCUUUGAGGAUGAGCUUGAUGCCCACGUUGUUGGAACCGUCGACAAGCGCAGCGGAAUCGUUUCCUCCUCUUGCAGUGCCUCUCAACUCCGUAUCGUGAAGAAUGCCCUCGCUAACUCCAGAAUGCUUGCCCUCGGCGCUGCCAAUGCUGCUCGGUCCAACCCCAGCAAGGUCAGGGAAUACUUCGGUACCUCCGACCCCAGCGUUAUGCAGAAGGUUGCCUCCCGCUUCAUGUCUGUUGCCCGUGAAUCUGGCUCUUCUACCGGCGGCCAAACCACUUAUCACUGCACCGACAACCGUGGCAGCUGCAAGUCUGGUGUCCUCGCCUAUACUCUCCCAUCCAAGAACACCGUCUACAACUGCCCAAGCUACUACCGUGAGCCAGUCCUCACCAAACGCUGCCACGCCCAGGACCAAGCCACCACCACCCUCCACGAAUUGACCCACAACCCAGCUGUUGUCAGCCCCUUCUGCAAGGACAACGGAUACGGGUACAAACUCGCCACUGGCCUCCCAACCUCCAAGGCCCUCCAGAACGCUGACAACUACGCUCUCUUCGCCAACGCUAUCUACGCCGGCUGCUAA